UACUCCAGGUGUCAGGCUCCAGAUCCCUCGAUCUGUUUCUGUGGGAGGAGCAGGAGAUUAGACGAGCGCUAUAAAAGCGUCCAGCAGACACACUGGACACAAGCUGGACCCGAGACACAGAAGAAGAACCAGAAACUCCAGCAGACGUAAGUGGCAGACAUGGACGCCCCAGCACCCGCUGAGAAGAGAGGACCACCAAGGUUCAAGCAGAGGGUCGCUCGCACCUUCAAGAGCAAGGCUCCCAAACCCGGACAGAAAGGCUUCGGAGACGACAUCCCUGGAAUGGAGGGUCUUGGCACCGACAUCACGGUGAUCUGCCCCUGGGAAGCUUACGGCGACAUGGAGCUUAGUGAUCUGGCCAAAUAUGGGAUCAUGUAGCCUCCUGCUCUCUUCCUGAGAUCAUCCAUCAGCCAGUAUUAUUGAGUAUCACUAGUUUAUAGAAUCGUCCAUUCACGCCAAGACUGAACCGACGGCAGACACUCUCAGGACAAGCACAAAGAAGAGGGAUGUGAUUAACAGAUUGGGGAAAAAGGACACCGUAACUCUUUCACCACGAGGUCUGGCUCUUCUGGAGCGGCACUGGAGCUCGAAGCAGCAGGAAUCCAUCUCACCGACACGAUAUCAUUCCGUCUCUCUUUCCUAAUGUUGUAGAAAAAUAAAGAACUACGUUUAAAUCAA